UAGGAAUGGCGGCUAAGAUUACUACAGGAAGGAACCCAAAGACCAUGAAACUUUACUUCUAACGGCCCCGCUGAGGAAUUUGUUUCCAGCGAAACGCAGUAAAGCCGGCCCACAACGGAUCAGGGGGAGAAGAAGUGCCAUAACGUGAGAUUAACGCAGUAGACGUCCAGGCUGAGGAAGUGGACGCACUUUGCGACUUGCUAGUUAGCUUAACGUUAGUGCCACUGAUUUUGAUUCAAGGUAGCCGUUAGUUCGCUGUACUGCUAGCCAGCUGUUGGCUACUUGGCUUGGCUGAGCCCAACAAGUUAACUAAGUAAUUAACUGUAUGAAAACAUUCCUUGUUUGAAUACUUGAGUGUUUAUUCGCUGCCUUUAUCAACAGAUAGUAUUGGCGUUUUUUUGUUUUUUUUUACAGAGAGUAGGACCAGGCGACAACAAGUCGACACAGCGCGCUGAGAACAUUAUUACUGCUAACCUAGCUAGUGCAGCAACGCUAGCUAAGUUGGGAUCCUGAAGUCUCGCCCAUUUUUUGGAUCCUGCCCUAGCCAUUGGCUAAGGGUUAAUCAACGGCCAAGUAGUCUGGUUUUUCAGGGUCAGUUGGUACUACAAUGGAAAGUCUAACGCUUACUGAUGUCGAGCAGAAAUAUUACUCGGAUUUGUUCGCGUACUGCGACACGGACAACACCAAAAAAGUGGCUUCCAAUGGGAGAGUUCUUGACCUUUUCCGGGCGGCCCAGCUACCCAGCGAAGUUGUCCUGCAGAUCACAGAGCUCUGUGGAGCCACUCGGCUGGGUCAUUUCGGGCGGAGCCAGUUCUACAUCGCUCUGAAGCUUAUUGCCAUCGCCCAGUCCGGUCUGCCCCUGAGGGUGGAAAGCCUCAACUCGGUCAAAGACCUGCCGCUGCCCCGGUUCGUGGUGGGGAAGAAUGAGGCGGAGGCGAGGCACGCGGCUCUGUACCAGGACUCCGACAGUCAGGGGUUAUACCCGGCCUCCGCCGCUGCAGUGAUGCCCAGACCGCCAGGCAGGGGGUUCCAGAGCAAGAAAGGACCCCCGUCGUCCACUUCACUUCCUGUCCACGAGGUCAUCCAGCCCCUGGCACCCAGCAUAGAACCACAGCCCGAACCGACGUCCCCCGUGGUCUCCCCUCACCAGUCUCCCCCCACCUCCCCUCACUCGUGGAGGAAACACAAGCGGCAGCCCAGCGGAGGAAACGCAGACAGACAGACGGCGGUGGCUCCAGCUGGAGCUGUGUGGACGCAUUUCAGAGAACCGCAAGCAGGUCCAGUGCCCGUUGAUGGAAUGUGGCCGUCCCACUCGCCCCCGCCUCCAGGUCAGGAAAGUUGGGUCAGUUUCACAGCAGACACCCCGCCAUCCAUCCCAGGAAUGCAUCCCUCGUCAGCCCAGGACAGCACAACAAUACGAACGGUGGCCUCGGCAGCAACGACCAAUGAGAUCCAACGACAGUCCAGCGGCUACGACGACCCCUGGAAGAUCACAGACGAGCAAAGACAGUAUUAUAUCAACCAGUUCAAAACCAUUCAGCCAGACCUCACCGGCUUCAUACCUGGUUCAGCCGCAAAAGAAUUCUUCACCAAAUCAAAACUACCGAUUUUAGAGUUGUCGCAUAUUUGGGAGCUGUCAGACUUUGAUAAAGACGGAGCUCUGACACUGGACGAGUUCUGCGCUGCCUUCCACCUGGUUGUGGCCAGAAAGAAUGGCUACGACCUCCCCGAGAAGCUGCCUGAGAGCCUGAUGCCAAAGCUGAUUGACCUGGAUGACUCAGCAGAGGGCUCGGAGCAGACUGCUGACGUCGGAUACUCGGGCUCCCCUGGCUCCCCGGUGGAAGUCACCCCCAGCAAGUCCCCCUCCAUGCCUUCACUCAACCAGGCCUGGCCAGAGAUGAACCAGAGCAACGAGCAGUGGGAGACGUUUAGCGAGCGCUCCUCCAGCUCACAAACUCUGACCCAAUUUGACUCUAACAUUGCACCAGCUGACCCUGACACGGCCAUCGUCCACCCAGUCCCCAUCCGGAUGACCCCCAGUAAGAUCCACAUGCAGGAGAUGGAGCUGAAGAGGACCGGCAGUGACCACAACCACCCGACCAGUCCGCUGCUCACUAAACCUCCGGAACUGUCCGAAGAAGCCAAUUUACCUGCCUCCAUGUUCGUAGCUGCCAACACUGUAGAAGGUGAUGGUUACAGCAGUUCAGACUCCUUCACCUCAGACCAGGAGCCAACCACAAGACAAAGGUCUCAGUCGGGAGCGUCUCCAGAGGCUCUGAAGGUGGUAGCCCCGCCUCCACCUCCACCCCGCCCCCACCCGUCUCACUCCCGUUCCUCGUCUCUCGACAUGAACCGCACCUUCGCUGCCGCGGUUGUUGCAGGACAACCGCAAUCCUCCACGAUAGCUUACCCGCCCGCUGUUCCUCCUCGACCGCUACCCACACAGACGUCAGCACCACACACUGGGCAUCGUGUGGAGGCUGAAGGUGCACCAGGAGGCGGUGCGGCGCUUACCACCACCUCCCCUCAACAGAUUCCCCAGCAGCCCAAUUUCGCUGACUUCAGUCAGUUUAAGGCCUUCGCUGCAUCUGAGCAGCCUUCCAGCCUGCCGGAGGUCGAUGUACACAGUGAGCCGGGACAGGUGGAGAAGUCCUCGGAGGGAGCCGGCCCUUUAAGAACAGUCAAGAGUGACGGGCAAGCAGACGAGAGAGCCUCAGCUACUGUCAACUCUGCCAAAGGUUCUGGUUCUGGGUCUGGUCCGCUAGCGCCUCCUCCAAAGCCUGUGCGGCGAAGGUUGAAAUCUGAAGACGAGCUUCGACCGGAGGACGAGCAACAUGGUCCGCAGAAAUCAAACGUCAUAGCUGCCGUCCUGGCCACUCAGCCUUCCAUCCCCAGGUCAGUAGGAAAAGACAAAAAGGCCAUUCAAGCUUCAAUCAGAAGAAACAAGGAGACAAACACAGUGUUGGCGCGACUUAACAGUGAACUGCAGCAACAGCUGAAGGACCUGCUUGAAGAGAGGAUAUCCCUGGAAGUCCAGCUGGAGCAGCUCAGACCUUUCUCUCAUCUUUAACCAACCUGGAGGAGUAAAACUCUGCUGUAGUGAAGCAAGGCCGUGCGCCCUCGGUGUGACACCCCCCCCCCCCUCUCCGUCCCUCCCUCCCUCCUCCUUCCACCAUCACGCUGCAGGGUGCUCCGUUAAAACUCUUAGGCUCAAUCACACCCUUAAUUAAUCAAAAAAACCGUAAGGACCUGAGAGCACAGUCGCACCACGGGGAGGAGGGGAUGGGAGCGCGGGGGGGAGGAGACUAUACAAACUGGCACUUUUUUAAUUUUCUCUAAAGAGAGGUGAACGUGGGGACGACAUCGGACUGAUAAAAGGUCAGGAGCAGCGGACAAGAGGCUCGAACUGCUGGUGUCUGACUACUGUACUCUCUGAAUGACUGAAGAAGAAAGUCGGAGAGUGUUUAUCGUGUGUAUUUGUGUUCCUGUUUAUUGACUUGCUUGAAUGUAGCACCACUGUGUUCUCUCUCGGGGUGAAGACUGCAGCACCAAACUCCUGUUAAAAUCAGGCAGAUUUAAAGAAGCAGUUUAGUACUUUUUGUGAAAUACACUUUGAUUUUUUUCAUAGAGUUUGAUGGGAAGAUCCAUAUCAAUCUCAUGUUUGUUACGUAUGUGAUUAGCUCAGCUUAGCUUAGCAUAAAGACUGGAAGCAGGGGGAAACGGCUGGCCUGGCUCCAUCCAGAGUUCAAACCUCCAGCACCUCUAAAAUUCACUCAACAUGUUUGUUUUUGCUUCAUCGACUAACUCUAGAGAGGAAACCGUAUUUGUAUUUCUUAAAAAGUAGAACUAUUCCUUUAAAUGUCUUCUCAUUUAUUCUACUUCCUUCAAAACUGGACAAUUGUGGAAAACUCUAAAAUCAUUUGUGAUUUUAAAUAUCCUCAAAGAUGGUCUAUCUUCUGAACAUUUGCCUCCCGAACCUCACCAUCGUCAAAUAAUCUGCUAACAAAUAGAUCACAGAGACACUUUAGAGGCUUUGAAAGCAGUCAGCAAGGAACCUAAAAUGUACCUUUUUGUUUUUGACUGGGGUUUGGUGUGGCCGGUCUCUCCACUAAACAUAACGGGCUACUUCUGGACAGGAUUUAAUGCGUGUGUUUUUGUGAGGCCUUUAAACGGCUAAAUCAUCAUGGUGAAGGCUUUUUUUUUUUUUUUUUUUUU